AAUCUUAUUCUAUGACUAUAGAUGACAGAGUUAAGCGUGAAAUAGUAUGAACGAGUAUGCGCGUGAUCGCGACCGUUAGAAAAUUGCGCCAUUUUUUAGUUAUAACCAAGAUUAUUUUUUAAGUUGUGUAGUAUUAUGAAAAAUAUUCAUGAUAUUCUGAAACGUAAUACAUGUGCAGUUUAGUGAUAGUGCGAAUUUUGAUUUAUGUGAUUUGAACGAAAUUUUAAUUACAUUUUAUAAAAACGUAGUAAGAGCUUCGUAUUACACGAGGCAACAUUUUACCGGGUUCUUUUAAGAAGAGCACUUUUUUUUAUAUAAACAAAAUGUCGGUAGAUGCUUUGAGCGAUUCAGAAUUGCGAAGUAAAUUGAUGGAAUAUGGAUAUCCUGUAGGUCCCGUAACACAAACCACUAGGAAAAUUCUUGUAAAAAAAUUAAAAAAUCUCAUUGAAACUCGAGGCGGUACAGGGUCACGACAUUCAUUAGCUGCCAGGUAUAGCAGUGAAGAUACAGAUGAUGACACAAGUUCAACAAUUAAUAAAAAGAAAAAAGCAACAGUAAAUAUUAGAAGACAAACUUUAGCAAAUCCUAUGCCUCCACCAGCAUCAGUUUUAACAUCUUCUGAUGUAAAUAUAUCAAAAAGUCCAAUUAAAGAUAAAAUAACGCAUUCUGAAUUUAAAGAUCCUAUAGUACCAGAUUAUGAUAGUUCUUCACAAUUUACAACUCGUACAAUAACAAAAACUACUCAUAAAAAAUAUACAAAAACAAAUAAAUCAAGUGUAACUGAUGGCUUGGAAACUGGUUCAGAUUCAGAUGUUAUUGAAGAACCAAUUAAAAAAUAUUCUCCAUCUAAAUAUUUAUCUAACACAGGAAAAUUUCAAGAACCUAAAAUCUAUGAGCAUAAUAUUUCUGAUCAAGAUCAAAUUCCAAAAUCAUAUGAUUCAAAACCAAAAUCUAUUCACAUAGUGAAAGAUAAUAAAUAUAGUGAAUCACUUUUUGAUUCAAACAUUUCUCCAAUACAUUCAUUAAAUGAAGAUACAUGUAUAAAAGACAAUACAAAUCAAAGAGAUCUUUUGGCAAAUUAUGAAACACCAUUUUUAUCAGAAUUUACUAGGAGAUUAAGUUCACGAUCAUCUAUUAAUUUACCAUCUACAUCUUUAUCUACAUUAAAAAGUCCAUCACGAUUUACAUCAAAUGUACCAGAUUUAAAAGAAAAAGAUUCAAAUGGUCAUUUUUCUUCUUUAAGAUCAUUAUAUCCAUCAUCUAGUUCAAGUUCUAGACAUACAACAUCAUCUACUGAUAGAUCUCGAGAAACAGUGAACAGAAUGUUUAAACAAUCACCUACAAAUAGGGAAGAUGUACGGAAUAAUCACAAUAUGGUAUCUGUAAUUCUAGUAGUGGUACUUGCCUUAUUUUUUGGAAUUCUUGCUGUUAUAUACAUGGGACUUGGUGGAAAAACAGAAACUUUUCCAUCACUUUCAACGGAUAGCAACAUACCAUUAUGUUUUGUUGGAGAUGACUAUGAAUUACCUGGAGUUAAUUGUGUAAUGAAAGAAAAUGUAGAUUCUGUAUUACAAUUGUUGAAGAAACUUCAACCUAUUUUAACGAAAAAGGCUGUAUCCAUGAUAUGUGAUAAUUCCAGUGAAACUCCUUAUUUGACUGAUUCUGAGAUUAUGCAAAUGUUUACAAGUAAUAAAGUGACAAGUUUGGAAGUAAAAGAAGAUUUACAAAACGCACAAUUACUUGUCAUAAAAAAUCCGAAAUGGGGAAUUUCUCUUAUAGACAUAAGUGAUGAUAAUGGAAACUCCGGCAAUAUUUUGGAUUCCUUGGAAGAAUUAUUUUCUACUCGUCUAAAUGGGAAAGUUGGAAUGGUGAUAAUGAAUCCAGAGUUGCCAAUGCAAUGUCUUGUUAAGAACAAACUUUUCACCAUAUUCUCUUCUCUUCUAAUUGUGUCACUUGGUCUCUUAGCAGCUAUAGGAAUGCAGAAAUUAUUUGUUUGGUAUAUAAGAUACAAGAAAAGUACCGAGAGAGAAGUUUUUAAACUUGUUAGUGAUAUUAUUAAUAUGGUUGAGAUGCACCAUCAAAAUGCGGCAAUUAAUUCUCCGGGCAAUACACAAGAAAGCUUUCUUGCUAUAAAUCAUAUACGUGAUAAUCUUAUACCUCCAAAAGAUCGAAAAAAAAUGGCUGGACUUUGGGAAAAAGCAGUGAAAUUUUUGGAUGAAAAUGAAUCUAGAAUUCGAAGAGAAGUACAACAAGUUUCAGGGGAAGAAUUUCACGUAUGGCGCUGGUUGCCUAAUAAUAGUCUUAAUAAAUCUAACAGUCAAAAUUUUGUUUUAAAUAAAAAAUCUAAAGUGUGGCAAGGUCAAGCUUUUGAAACAAUGGAAGGUUCUGUUAAUAGUUUGACUUGUUCACCAACACCCUGUUUAAAAAUAAGGCAUAUGUUUGAUGCAGAUGUAGAAUUUGAAGAUGAUUGGGAAACAAAAGUUCAAGAUGCUAUUCUAGAGAAAUGUGGAGAAGGUGUUAAAAUUCUUCACAUUCGUGUAGAUCGCGGUAGUCGAGAAGGUUGUGUUUACAUGAAAUGUAUGUCACAAGAAGAUGCAGGAAAAGCUUAUAGGGCUUUACAUGGAUGUUGGUUUGAUGGUCAUUUAGUAACUGUAAAGUACCUGAGACUAGAGAGAUAUUAUGAGAGAUUUCCAGAUGCGCGUCGUUGUACAAUACCAUUAAAACCAAGUAACAAUCAACGAUUAUCUAUGCAAGCAGAUUAUUAGUAGAAAUGUGGAUAUAAAUUGACGAAAUACCUCUUCGCUUGUACAUAUACGAUUCUCAACCAGAAUUUGAAUUUUUUCCGCUGAAAUGAUUCUUUGCGGAUCAGAAUUCGCAAGAUUUCUAUUUUUUGCUCUAAAAAAGAGUAGAAUUUCGUACUACUGCGCAGAAGUAUAGAAUUUAUAAGACUUGCGACUGUGUAAUAGAAUUCUAAGAAUCGAAUGAGCAGAGACUUUUUUAUAAGCAUUUUUGUUUUGAUUAUGUUGUAUGACCUUUUUUAAGGUACAAAAGUCGAAAAAAUAAGACUCAAGAUUAUACUAUUUAU